CUGAUACCUUCUUUGACCUUCAUUCCUGUCAGUGGACUUUCCUCCUCAUGUUCCUAUAUUUUGUGGGCUAUUGAGCACCACCAAGGCUGGGGCUAAAUUUUACUAUAGUAUUUUUAGCAGUUCCAGGGACCUUCUUGGGAAUGAUGAAUUGUGGGUGCUGUAAGCCAGGUCUUGGCCCAGGUCCCCCAAAGCAGUGCCUGACAUGGCCUGUAGGAGACAUGUUUGGGGAGUGAAGGCAGGGAGCAUUCAUCAGUCUGGGUCCCUGCUAUCAGUGCCCCAUCCCAGCAGGUGGCUCAGAUGAGUGCAGAGGGAAUGGGUAACAGCUUAGCCAUGGGUACAUGACAGCGUUUAUGCCUGCACAGGAUCUCGCAGUGGUUUCUGGGGUGGGAUUGGCGCAGCUUUGCCCCUUGCUGCAAGCAUCUCAUCCCCUUUUUGGUCUUCAGUUCCUGUGGUCUCCUUCCCUUUGCCCUGCCAUGUGCACAAACAAAAGCAUUGCAUUUGGAGAUAUGCUGCAAUGAGAAACCACCAGGGAAACCACAGGUCCCACUCACAGACUCCCUCACUCUUCAGCUCUACUUUCAACCUGCUUGCCUAUGGGACAGCAUGUGGGGUAGCCAGCCAUUGUCAUAUGCCCUUCAGGAUGAGCCACUCCUGAGCCAAGCCCCAUACAUUUUUUGCAUCAAAGGUGGCAUCUAUUGUGGAGAUGUGUUACUUUUUUGUCACUGUGAUUAAAAAAAAAAAACCUUGACAAAAAACAAUUUAGAGAAGAAAGGGUUUAUUUUGGCUCAUAGUUCCAGAGAGAUUAGAGUCCAUUAUGGCAGGAAAGGCAUUACAGCAGUCAGGGAAAGCAUAGUGGAUAGGAGUAGGAAGCUGGCUGAUCACAUUUUCAUUCACACAGAUAUCUGAACAGGAAGUGGGGAAGGCUGUAAACCCUGAAAGCCCAGUGGUGUACUUCCUUCAGCAGGGCUGCACCUCUUAAAGUAGCGGUUCUCAACCUGUGAGUCACAACCCCUUUGGGAGUCAAAUGACACAGAUAUUUACAUUAUGAUUCAUAAUAGUAGCAAAACUAGUUGCAAUGAAAAUAAUUGUAUGGCGGGGGGUCACUACAACAUGAGGAGCUGUAUUAAAGGGUCGCAGCAUUAGGAAGGUUGAGAACAGCUGUUUUAAAGAUUCCAUGGCCUCCCCCAAACAGCAGCAUCAACUGGGGAUUAAGUGUUCAAAUACUCCUCAAGAUCCUAUAGGAGGACUUUUUCAAACAAAGGUCUGCUUUGUGCUGACAUCCCUAGAAAGGACUAGAGGGCCAAACUGGUCACAAUUUACCAGCUGUCCAGGCGGACCUCCAGAGGAAUUCUGGGUUCUGGACAGUUCAUCUUCCCUGCCCUGGGUGGUCCAUAUCAGCCACCCUUGGUCAUUCUAGAAUGUACACCUUCAUUCCCCAUAUCAUUCCUCUUCUAUUAGACUGGGCAGACUCAGGCCCUGACUUCUCAUGAAAUUAGUCCCCCUUCUGUCAGUCUCUGCUGCUAUGCACUCAUCUUUCUUCCCACCACAAGCAUGAUUGGCAUGAAGAUGGGCAUCAGUUGGUGACUCCUCUGUAUGGAAGCUUGGCUUCUGUCCAUCCUGUCCCAUUCACCUAGUGCACAGGACUGAGUUAGAUGCUGGAGGGAACAUAGGUAACAUCUUAUUUGGGCAUCAGACAUACCUACAAGUGCAGGGUGUUGUAGGUAUAUGUCAGUCAACCUGUACUUCAUAAAAAAAAAAAAAAAAAAAAAAAAAAAAAAACAAAGGAGCAUGCAGGGAGGCUCACAGAUAGAUUAGACACCAAGGUGAAUAACCACAUAGUGACCUCAAUGAAGAGAAAGCACCAGGCCAGACUCCUAAGGGUUUACCUUCUGACUACAGCCCAGCCCAGCUCUGUGCCAUAGCUGUCCACAAUAUACAUUUCCAAGUCAUCCUGCAACAGAUUCAAAAGUGUGGCUCUCUAUAUUGAUGCCAUUAACAUACUAUGGCCUCUAGUCCCCAACUCUGCCUGUGUUAAAUGCAGAGAUUACAGACUGUCGUUUAAUCUGGCCUUUUCUGCACUCUAAUCUUGCCUUUGAGCUGUGGAUGCUAUCAAGUGGAAUUCAGUGUUGAGAACAUAGUUGGAAUUAACUUACUUCGUGAUUAGAUUUCCCUCUUUACCUGUAUAAAAUUAGCCUGAUGUUUUGUGUGUGCGUGUGUCCACACAUGCACUUAUGUGUACUUCUUGGCUAGUGUUUAUGGAGGCCAAAAGAGCAUGCUGAUGUCCUCUAUCACUUUCUGCCUUAUUUCCUUGAGACAGGGUCUUAUUGAACCUAGUCCUGGGCUGGUGCCAACAAGCUCCAGUGUUUCUCCUGUCUCUAGUCCCCCCCCCCCCCAUACACACCCCCAGAGCUGGGGCCACAGGCAUGCAUGGACCUGUUUGGCUUUUUACAUGGAUGCUCAGAUUCAAACUUCUGCCCCAGGUUUGCACUGCAACCACUCUUACCGGCUAAGCCAUUUCCACAGCCCUCAGUGAACUUUUUAAAGAAAUAAAACAUUAGAGGUAGGCAGAGGUGGCUGGGAUGUUUGGAAUGCCUUGCAAUGAAGGAUAUUAUAUAUGUUUAUUUUUUUGAGACAGGGUUUAUUUGUGUAACAGCCUUGGCUGUCCUGGAACUCACUUUGUAGACCAGGCUGGCCUUAAACUCACAGAGAUCUACCUGUCUCUGCCUCCCAAAUGCUGGGAUUAAAGGCGUGAGCCACCACACCUAGCUCGGAGUUUUAUAUUUAUAUUAACACAAAAACCAGAACUGAGGAGGUAUGUUUUCUGGGAAAACACACAUCUCAGGUGUUGUGUUAGCCUUUCUUUGUUACUGUGACAAAAUGCCUAACAAAGACACUGUGUGUGUGUGGUGGGGUAGGGGAACGGGUGGUGUUUUGGGCUCACUCAUUCCGGUUCCAUCCAUGGUCACUUGUUUCUGGGUCAAGUGUUGACGGUAGUAUAUCAUGGCAAUGGAAGCUUAUGGGAGAGAUCACCCCAUGCCCAACAUGAAACAAGAAGAAACCUGGGACAGGUAUAACCUUUAGAGGCACACCUCCAGGGGCCUCCUUCCCCCAGGUAGGCCCUACCUCCAGAAGUUCCCACUAUCUUCCACAAACGGCAUCAUCAACUUGGCACCAAGCUUUUGACACAGGAACCUGGGAGGGCACGUCAUGUUUGUCUUGGUUGAUACUUUUGUUGUUAACUUGACACAAGCUAGAGUUCUCUGAGAAGAGAGAACCACAAUUGAGAAAAUGCCUCUGUAAGAUUUAUCUGUAGGUAAGCUUGUGGAGAGUUUCUUAGUAAUUGAUGUGGAAGGCCCUUAGUCCAGUGGUUCUCAGCCUUCCUAAUGCUGUGAUCCUUGAAUACAGUUCCUCAUGUUGUGGUGACCACCCCCCCCAUAAAAUUAAUGUCAUUGCUACUUCAUAACUAUAAUUAAGCUACUAUUAUGAAUCAUAUUGUAAAUACCUGUGUUUUACGAUGGUCUUAGGCGACCCCUGUGAAAGGGUUGUUUGACCCCAAAGGGUUUGUGACCCACAGGUUGAGAACUGUUGCCUUAGCCCACUGUGGGCCUGGCCAUCCCUGGGUAGAUGGUCUUGGGUGGUAUAAACCAUGAGGAGCAAGCCACUAAGCAGUAUCCUCUAUAGCUUCUGCUUCAGUUCCUGUCUCUAAGUUCCUACUGUCCCCUCUGUGAUUCAGUGUGAUCUGAGAGCUGUAAGCCGGAAUAUACCCUUUCCUCCCUAAGUUUUGGUCAUGGGGUUUUAUCAAGCAAUAGAAAAGUAACUAAUACAAUAUUUAAUCCUUAAUUUCCUAUCUCUGGACUCCAAAGGCUAUUGGCCAUCUUACUAAUGGAAAAUACAUUUAGUCGACCUCCAAGGGUCCCGAAUAUCUUAGUCUAGGUUUAAAGUUUCUUCUAACACUCAAUGUAAACUAUUAGCUGUAAUCCCAUUCCAGAGGAAUGGAUGCAGAGAAAGAAAGGAUGGGAUCAAACCAAGACCAAAACUCAGCAGAGCAAGCAUUAAGUUCUGCAGAUCCAUGUUCCUGCAUCCCAGGCACAUUGUGGUGUAAUGUGAGCCCCACUGGGCUUGCACAGCUCACAUGUUCCUCUCUGGGCUUAGCUUGCUGAAUGUAGAUAGAUCCCCACACUCUGGGCAUCUCUUAACUUCCCAGCUCCUUCAGCUUUUACUCUGUUGGUUUCAAUAGUCCACUCAGGGGCUCUUCACAAUUAUUUUAAUCCUAUGACAUAUUGCUUGGCCUCCAAGAUCUUCCUCUGAAAUCUGGGUGAGCCCAUAACUUUAUUAUUUUGCAUGUAUGCAAAACCAGUAUUAUGUGGAUACCACCAAGGUCUCUUGCCAGCUCAAAAAAAAAAGUUGGCCUCUUGGGUCACCACUACAGUGGCCUGGGUGCCUAGGCAGCUAAAUAUGAAAACAAUCUUGAGGUCACAACUUCCUGGGGGCAGGGGGAGUGUAGGAGCAGGGUGGCCUGACAGUGAGAGCUCUCUUCAUAAUGGAAAGUCUUCCAAGUAAGUUUGCUUUCUUAACUUUCUCCAAGGCAACGUUCAUAGUCUAGUAGGUGAUGAUCCAUUCCACCUCCAUGCCUUCCUUAGUCCCAAAUUUACAAUUGCUUUUCUUGCUGUGACCUGUCAAUUUUUAUUUAUUUACAUAUAAACAGCCUGAUUUUAUUUAAACACUUAGUACUAUUCAUGUGUAGAGGCCCAGAGAACUGGCCCUCUGGGCACUUUAGAAUGAAUAAAACCAAUGAAAGUGGUAUAUGAAAUAGUGGGGUUGUGUACCUGUUUUAAAGGUGUCUUGAAGAUCAAAGAUGGUUUUUGUCCACCCACUCAUCACUGCACUACCUCCCUCAUUCACACACAGCCUGUCUGCCCAGCUCCUCAGUCCACAUACCGUCUGGCCAACUAACUCAUGGACCACAAAAGCCUCUCUCCUCAGCUUUUCUGUCUACUCAGUCCCUUCCUCAUACUGAGUCCCUACUCAGUCCCUGGAUCCUCAUAGCCUGCUCCACCAACUCUCCAUACAUUCCGUCUCCUGUUACCCAUCCACACAGCCAGUUAGUUACCAGCUCCCCAUGCAGGAAGGCAAUCAUCUUCCAUCUCUGCAACCACUCAUCUCUUGUCCCGGGUUCAUCGGUACACGCCGCCGUUUCGUAGGCUCACUGUCCACAAAACCCCUGCCAGCUCCCACUCCACACAGUCCGUCCCAGGUUCCCUGAGUACGCCGCCAGUUAUCCCAGACUCCUUGUCUAGGCAGCCGGUAGUCUCCAGCUCCGGGUUCCAGCAGCCUGAGCCCUAAGGCCCGCCCCGUCUGCCCGCACUGUGCACUACAACUCCCACGAUGCCGCGCCACCGCCCCCCCGGCUUCCGGUGCUGCGCAGUUUCCGGAGCGGAUCACAACCCGGAGUCCGGAUCCGACCCCGCUCUACACAUUCCACAGGUGUCAGCAAUGGCUGAAGAUGGCAGUGAGGAGAUCAUGUUUAUCUGGUGUGAAGACUGUAGCCAGUACCACGACUCAGAGUGUCCUGAACUGGGACCUGUGGUUAUGGUCAAGGACUCCUUUGUCCUGAGCAGGGCAAGGUCCUCCCUCCCCUCUAACCUGGAGAUCAGACGCCUGGAUGAUGGGGCUGAAGGUGUGUUUGCAGUAACCCAGUUAGUCAAGCGUACACAGUUUGGUCCAUUCGAGUCCAGGAGGGUCGCCAAGUGGGAGAAGGAAUCCGCAUUUCCUCUGAAGGUAUUCCAGAAAGACGGGCAUCCUGUGUGCUUCGACACUUCCAACGAGGAUGACUGCAAUUGGAUGAUGCUGGUGCGGCCAGCACUAGAGCCGGGCCACCAGAACCUGACAGCCUACCAGCAUGGCAGUGAUGUCUAUUUCACCACCUCAAGGGAUAUCCCUGCGGGCACUGAACUUCGUGUGUGGUAUGCUGCCUUUUAUGCCAAGAAGAUGGACAAGCCCAUGCUGAAACAGGCCUGCUCUAGCAUUCCGGCUUCAGGCACCCCUGAGCCCAGUGUCCCUGCAGAGCCUGAGCGUGGCCAAUGGGUGUGUAAGGUGUGCUCCAGCUCCUUCCUGGAGCUUCAGCUCCUGAACGAGCAUCUCUUGGUCCACCUGGAGCAAGCCAAAAGCCUUCCUGCAGGUGGCCAGCAGCAUGAGGCAGCUUCUGAGAAGGAGCCUGAUGCACCCAGGAGGGAGCCUCCCACAGCAGCUGAGAGCAAGAGCAUCCAGAGUGCUGUGGCCACCAAAGAGCCAAAGAAAAAGCCUCGAAGGGGGAGGAAACCCAAAGCAUCCAAGGUUGAGCAGCCUCUGGUCAUCAUCAAGGACAAGGAGCCUGCAGAGCACGUGGCAGAGAUCAUUACCGAAAUCCCCCCAGAUGAGCCUGUGAGUGCAACACCAGACGAACGGAUAAUGGAAUUAGUCUUGGGGAAGCUGUCCACCCCGACAAAUGAAGUCAGCUCAGUGCCAAAGUUCACGCAUCAUCCAAGCAGCACCAUUGCCCUCAAGAGGGGCUUGGUUCUGUCCAGCAGACAUGGCGUUCGGCGGAAGCUCGUACGGCAGCUGGGUGAGCAUAAACGAAUCCAUCAGUGUGGCACCUGCAGCAAGGUCUUCCAGAACAGCAGCAACCUGAGCCGGCACGUGCGCUCGCACGGUGACAAGCUGUUUAAAUGUGAGGAAUGUUCGAAACUGUUCAGCCGUAAAGAAAGUCUAAAGCAACAUGUCUCCUACAAGCACAGCCGGAAUGAGGUGGAUAGUGAGUACCGCUACCGCUGUGGCAGCUGUGGAAAGACCUUCCGCAUGGAGAGUGCGCUGGAGUUCCACAAUUGUAGGACAGAUGACAAGACGUUCCAAUGUGAGAUGUGUUUCAGAUUCUUCUCCACCAACAGCAACCUCUCCAAGCACAAGAAGAAACAUGGGGACAAGAAAUUUGCCUGUGAGGUCUGCAGUAAGAUGUUCUACCGCAAGGAUGUCAUGCUGGACCACCAGAGGCGGCACCUGGAUGGUGUGCGGCGAGUGAAGAGAGAAGACUUGGAGGCCAGUGGGGAAAGCCUGGUUCGUUACAAGAAAGAACCUUCUGGAUGCCCAGUAUGUGGCAAGGUGUUCUCUUGCCGGAGCAACAUGAACAAGCAUCUGCUGACCCACGGUGACAAGAAGUACACCUGCGAGAUCUGCGGGCGCAAGUUCUUCCGAGUGGACGUGCUCAGGGACCAUAUCCACGUCCACUUCAAGGACAUCGCACUAAUGGAUGACCACCAGCGGGAAGAGUUCAUCGGCAAGAUUGGGAUCUCCUCAGAGGAGAACGAUGACAACUCUGAUGAGAGUGCAGACUCCGAGCCUCACAAAUACAGCUGCAAGAGGUGCCAGCUCACCUUUGGCCGUGGGAAGGAAUACCUGAAGCACAUCAUGGAGGUGCACAAGGAGAAGGGUCAUGGCUGCAGCAUCUGCCACCGGCGCUUUGCACUCAAGGCCACCUACCAUGCCCACAUGGUCAUCCACCGAGAGAACCUGCCUGAUCCCAACGUGCAGAAGUACAUUCAUCCCUGUGAGAUCUGUGGGCGGAUCUUCAACAGCAUCGGGAACUUGGAACGCCACAAACUCAUCCACACAGGUGUGAAAAGCCAUGCCUGUGAGCAGUGUGGGAAGUCCUUUGCCAGGAAAGACAUGCUGAAAGAGCACAUGCGUGUGCAUGACAACAUCCGAGAGUACCUGUGUGCCGAGUGUGGGAAAGGCAUGAAGACCAAGCAUGCACUGCGCCACCACAUGAAGCUGCACAAGGGCAUCAAGGAGUAUGAGUGCAAAGAAUGCCACCGCAAGUUUGCUCAGAAGGUCAACAUGCUCAAGCACUACAAGCGGCACACAGGAAUAAAAGACUUCAUGUGCGAAUUGUGUGGGAAGACAUUCAGCGAGAGGAACACAAUGGAGACCCACAAGCUCAUCCACACAGUGGGCAAGCAGUGGACUUGUUCCGUGUGUGACAAGAAGUACGUCACGGAGUACAUGCUGCAGAAACAUGUCCAGCUCACCCAUGACAAGGUGGAAGCACAGAGCUGCCAGCUGUGUGGCACCAAGGUGUCCACCCGGGCCUCCAUGAGCAGACACAUGCGGCGCAAGCACCCUGAGGUCCUUGCUGUGCGGAUUGAUGAUCUUGACCACAUCCCUGAGACCACCACCAUUGAUGCCUCCUCCAUUGGCAUUGUCCAGCCUGCAUUGGGCCUGGAGCAGGAGGGGCUGGCAGAAGGCAAGCAUGGGAAGGCUGCCAAGCGCAGCCACAAGAGAAAGCAGAAGCCGGAGGAGGAGGCAGGGGCUCCAGUGCCCGAGGACACCACCUUCAACGAGUACCCUGAAAAGGAACCAGAGUUCACAGGCAGUGUGGGUGAUGAGACAAAUUCUGCUGUGCAGAGUAUCCAACAGGUGGUGGUGACCCUAGGGGACCCGAGUGUGACUACUCCAUCAAGCUCUGUCGGCCUGACCAACAUCACCGUGACCCCCAUCACCACUGCAGCUGGGACUCAGUUUACCAAUCUACAGCCAGUAGCUGUUGGACACCUUACCAACCCUGAACGCCAGCUACAGCUGGAUAACUCCAUCCUGACUGUGACCUUUGACACUGUCAGCGGCUCCGCCAUGUUGCAUAACCGCCAAAAUGAUGUCCAGAUCCACCCACAGCCAGAAGCCUCAAACCCUCAGUCAGUGGCCCACUUCAUCAACCUCACUACGCUGGUGAACUCCAUCACACCCCUGGGGAACCAGCUCAGUGAGCAGCACCCACUCACAUGGCGGGCUGUGCCCCAGACGGACGUGUUGCAGCCACCACAAGCUCCUGCAGCCCCACAGCAGGCAGUGCAAACCCAGGUACAGAAUGAACAGCAACAGAUGUACAGCUACUGAUAAUGCGGCUGCAGAGCUGGCUGAGCUACAGGGAGGGCUCUGAGGCCUUGAGGUUUAUUUGCUGGGUACCAAACAGGAAGAGUAUACACAUGGCAGGAUCACUGAGGUUGGGUUAGCGUUGCAAAGUUACCAGCUUAGCUGGUGCCAUGGCCUUUGACAGACAGGAGCUUAAAGCACUCCGUGGAGUUCCACCAUGUGCUUCCCCAAGGUGGUGCAGUCUGGCCAGACCACAGUGUCACCCUCAGAGGUCUGUAAUUGUCAUGGGGCUCAGGGACACAGAUAGCAGGUUCCUAGAAGCAGGUGUGAUAUCCCAAGAACUAGGGAGAUUUGAUCUGUUUUCUUUAGCACUCCAGUAAUGAUACUGAAACAUGGCUAGCCUUCUCAGGCAGCACACAGAAGAAAACCCAGGUUUCUCCUUGCUCCUGGAUUCACAAGCAGGGAGAAAGAAGUCAAGUAACUCUUCCUCUGAAGUCUCAGUUUGUUUGUCACAGGGCUGUGGCCUGAGGCCUCGUAUGAGAAGUAUCAUGAACCUCAUGGGAGGCCCCUAGAUCAGGCACAAAAGGCAUCUUGGGAACAUCCAUAGAUUGAUUUUAUGAACAGUUUGUUCAUUUUAUUUCAUAACCACGUUAUGUAUUAUGGCCCUCUUGUGGCCAAUAUUGAUUUAUUUUAAUAUGAUAAAGUCGUUUGCACUGUAGGGUGUUGGUCCCUGUCUUGUGCACAGGUGCCUUGCAUGAGGGCACACACAGUUGUGUGCAAAGUAAGCCCUCAUGCUCGAAUCCCAAUGCUCCUCCAGAGCCAUCUCAGGACUCUGCCAUCCAAACAUAUGUAUUACGGUGCAGCUUAGCCACACCCCUGAGUGGAGAAUGGGGAGUGAACCCAUGUUUUCUUUCUGUGUAAGCCUUAAUUCCAAAAGGUGGUUGUGUCUGAAGACCAAUUUCCUACGAAGUGGAGGAGUUCAGCUCUACAGGAGAGAAGUAUAGCUAGUGAUUUAAGGAAACCCAGAGAGGUGUGGGUGGGGGUGAGAGCAGAAGUGGUCACCAUGACAGUGCAGGCAAGCUGGCCACACCCAGCUGGGGGGACUUGGCAGCACAUACUUGUACCAUCCCAGUGGCAACAGGCCAGACUGCCAUCAUGGUGUCCACAGUCCCAGCACAGGGACACAAAGAGGCAAGGUGACAGGAGAGUCUUGCUCUGUGGUCUUGCUCUUCUCAUCAGUUUUUAAUGUCAUACAAAAGAAGAAGAACUUGAAGAUGAACUUGCCUUACUUUGUCCUUGGUCCCGUAUUUCCUGGAUGUAGCCAGAUGUGGGCAGCCAACCUGCAGAGACCCUGGCAGCUAACCAGCAGUGGGCAAAGGAAGCUGCAGUCAGCCUGGUGUCAGACAAGGUGGCACUUUCUCAGCACCUCAUUCCAGAGA